UAAUGAAUUUGUUUCAAGUGGAACCAUUGUAAAAGAUUCAAAUCCAAAUCUUGGUUACCAAAUGAACGCAUUUGCUCCAGGAAAUACUACUGGUAUGGAGGGCAAGAGGACCAACUCAGAAGUUGCUCUACCCCAUGCAGCAGAUGCAACUAUUGAUUGUGAAGACCCGCUUUUAGGCAGUUCUAUUAGGAGUAGAUGUCCUGUUAAUAGUUGUACUGUUUCCAGCCAUUCACAGGGUGAAAUAUUUCUCUGUUCUUUAAGAGAUUUUGUUGCUAAAAAAGGAGGCUCUCUGGGUGAUGGCUGGCAUGUAGAAUUUAAACAAUCUGCUAACAGUUCUGAUUCAUAUGCAGUUUAUUGUGCCCCUGAUGGUAGGAGGUUUGAGUCAGUAUUUGAUGUUGCUCGUUAUCUUGGCUUAACACUUAAUGCCCAAUCUAUAGAGGUUGAUAAAAGGGAUGAUGAUUCUGGAUUAUUACAGAGAUCAUUGCCUUCUCGAAGAAGGAAAAGAGACUUCUUACAAAUCUCAACUUUAGAAACUUCCUCUAAAAAUCUGAACAGCAUUUCUAGCAACUUUGAUAGGGAGCAUUCUUCUGAUGCUGAGAUUUUAGACCCUCAGUUUUCAUGUGUUGGAAAUGUUGCAAGAGUCACUAAUAAUCUCAUCAAAGAGAAGUGUGGCUCGGUCUCUCAAAGUUCUAUGGUUGCAUUUCCUGUUCAGUUGGAAGAUUUCUAUAUAUUCAGUCUUGGAAAAAUUGAUUCACGAAUGGCUUAUCAUAACAGCUGUCAGAUUUGGCCUAUUGGAUACAAAUCUAUUUGGCAUGACAAAAUUACUGGAUCAGUUUUUGAGUGUGAGGUGUGUGAUGGUGGUGAUCCUGGUCCUAUCUUCAGAGUGAAAAGAUUUCCAUGUUCAUUAUUUCCCAUUCCAAAUGGGGCAACUGCUAUUUUACAUAAUAAGGUUGCCGGAACUCAUAUUGUAGCACAAAUGGAUGAAAAUUUGCCUUUUGAUGCAGAGACUGACAGAGAUGAUGAAAUUCUGAUGCUCGUCUGUGAUCCUAAUCCUGAGGACAACAAUUUAUUAUCGUUGCUUAGUGGUGAUGUUGAUGAAACACCAUAUGCUUGCUCUGUUCAGGUUGAUAUGCAAGAGUCCGGCGUGUCAACCGUCUCUUGUAAUAGUUUCUAUGUUCAAAGGCUUGCUGCUUUUUCAAACAGGAACUCUAGCUUAAUGGAUGACAUUGGGGAAUUCUAUGUUGAAGGACGAUCUUCUACUGCAGUUUGGAAAAUGGUUUCGGAAACUGUUUUAAAUGCUUGUCAUGAAGUGUUCAGAAAAAUAGGAUGCAUGCGGUUUAGCUGCAAGCAUGACUCCAGUGGCUUUCCAUCUAACCGAAAUAAUGGUGCUGCCAAAUAUGUUAAUUUUUAUGGUUCGUUAGCUAGAUUCUCCUGUGCUUCUGGACCUCUAAAUGUUCCUCAGCUAAUUAAAAAUUAUAAUCUUCUAAAAUUUACAUGCAAAUCUUUGUCAGAAUGGUUGGACAGGGACAGGUUUGGGCUGGAUAUGGGUUUUGUACAAGAAAUGCUUGAAACCCUUCCUGAAUCCCAUGCUUGUUCUAGAUAUCUGUUUUUAAAGAAUAGAAAGGAUUCAUGUGUGCCUUGGACAGUUGGUAGUGGUCUGCUUGUAGCUGUUCAAAAGAAUGGAGAAAAAGGGGAGGAAAUUGCAUUAAAUAGUUUAAAGGAAGGGAGUAAAGGGUCUAUCGUAUCUGAAUUUGAUGAGCCUCAAGCAUCUCACCGCCGACUUCUGCAUGGGCGACCUUUAAGCAAUAAGCUUCCAUGCGAUCUUGUUGGGGAUGUUUAUCAGAUAUGGGAAUUUCUUUGUCGUUUCCAUGAGAUUUUGGGUCUCAAAGAGAAUUUGAAUUUUGAUGAACUUGAAGAGGAACUAAUUGAUCCAUGGCCUUGUGUUCCCAAUAAUUUAUCUUCAUCUGAAAAGCACAGUUAUGAUUCUAGAGUAGUAAUUUCUCAAGCAAACGAAAAUGCUGUUGGAUCAUUUAUUUCUAGUGAUUCCCGUGGGAGUUUUGAUAGGCAUAACACAUUCACAUUUGUUCCGAUUGAAACUUCAGCCCAGAGGGAAAUUGAUCAAACUAAGCUAGCAGUUCGUACUUAUGGGAGAUGCACAGGUCUUGUACUGACAAAAAUUCACACUUCACUACUAAAAGUGCUGGUUGGUGAACUCUUGAAUAAAGUUGCAGUUUAUGUAGAUCCAAACGUUGAUGCUAGGGAGUCCAAACCAAGACGUGGAAGAAAGAAGGAUGUGGAUAGCAGUCACAUAAAAGACACAAAAUUGGAGAUGCCGAUUUUUAACGAGUUCACAUGGCCAGAGUUGGCUCGUAGAUAUGUCUUAGCCAUCUCAUCACUGAAUGGUUGCAUGGAUUCAUCAGAAUCUCACAGCCGGGAAGGUGCAAAAGUGUUCCGCUGCUUAAAGGGUGAUGGAGGCAUUCUUUGCGGUUCACUUUCUGGAAUAGCUGCAAUGGAAGCAGACGCAUUGCUGCUUGCAGAGGCUGAAAGGCAAAUAUCUGAUUCAGCAAAACAUGAUGAAGUUUUGAGAGUUGAUUUCAUGGAUUCUGAUCCAGUAGGUGAUUGUGAGUCAACUGCUGAUACUGCUGGAAGCAGACUUCCUGAAUGGGCACAACCUUUAGAACCCGUUAGAAAGCUACCUACUAACGUUGGAACUAGGAUCAGAAGGUGCAUCCAUAAUUCUCUUGAGAAGGAUCCUCCGGAAUGGGCAAAGGAAAUUUUGCAGCAUUCAAUCAGUAAGGAGGUUUACAAAGGGAAUGCAUCAGGGCCUACCAAGAAAGCUGUUUUGUCUGUUUUGGCCCAGGCAACUGCAGGAAGUGUACAUCAGAAGUUCUGCAAGAGGCAGAAAGAGAAGUGCCCCAUUUCUGUGUCAGAUGCAAUUAUGAAAAAAUGUCGCAUUGUGCUUCGCACUGCUAUAUUGGGUGAUGAAUCAAAAGUAUUCUGCAAUUUAAUUGGUACUUCCUUAUUGAACCCCAAUGACAAUGAGGAUGAAGGUAUUCUUGGGUCACCGGCCAUGGUUUCUCGCCCUUUGGACUUCCGUACUAUAGAUUUAAGAUUGGAUGUUGGGUCAUAUGGUGCUUCACAUGAAGCUUUUGUUGAGGAUGUUCGAGAGGUUUGGCAGAAUAUAGGCUUGACAUAUAGGGAUCGACCUGAUCUCUCACAGUUGGUUGGAAAGCUUUCAGAGAAUUUUGAAUCGUUGUACGAGAAGGAGGUACUGUACCUUGUAAAGAAGUUUGCUGACCGAUCUUUCACUGAACAAAACAGUGAAACACAGAAGGAAUUGCAAUAUAUCCUUGUCAGUAGCAAUGAAUUACCUAAAGCUCCAUGGGAAGAAGGAGUCUGUAAAGUCUGUGGUAUUGACAAAGAUGAUGACAGUGUACUCUUGUGUGAUGCUUGUGACUCUGAGUACCACACAUAUUGUUUAAACCCUCCACUUGCUCGGAUUCCAGAAGGAAAUUGGUAUUGUCCAUCCUGCAUUUCAGUUCAAAAUAAAAUAAAAGAUAUAAAUGCAAAUGCUCAGGUUCCCCAUUGUCAGCCAAGAAGACUUCUGGGGGAGGACACACAGGCAUUUCAUGAAGCUUUAUAUCAACUCGGGAAAUCAUUGGAGGAGAAAGAAUACUGGGAACUAAGCUUAUACAAGAGAGUAUUUUUACUUAAGUUCUUAUGUGAUGAAGUUCUCAACUCUCUGCUAAUUCGUGAGCACCUUGAGCAAUGCACUGAUCGGUCAAAUGAUCUCCAUCAGAAAUUGCGUUCCCUCACAGUUGAGUGGAGAAAUUUAAAAUUCAAGGAGGAAAUGUUGGCAAUGAGAACUGUGAAAGAAUACACAAGCAAAUCUAUUGGGGUUGAAGGUACAGUGAAGGAAGAUGCAAUAUCUCCCAUGCUUGUAACUCACGGUAGACUGAUGGAACAGCAGCAAAAUUUUUGUAACAAAAUGCACUAUUCAUCUAUUCCUGCUGUGAAAGUUAUGCCUAUCCAGUUAGAGAGUUCCCUUGAGGAAUGUGGUCAAACUGAUGAACAUGUGCGAAUUAACCAGCUUGUAAAGAGUGCCAAUGUUAAACAUUCCAAUGGUAAUAUAUCUCAGAGCUGUUCUCCAAGCAGCACAAGUAUUAUUGAUGGUGGAACAACAGCUGAUGUUGAGCUUCCAUCAAGCAAGGGGGCAGUAAAUGUUCCUACCAAGAAAGAUAAUGAAGCACCAGAAAAAAGCAUAAAAAACGUUGAACAUAGAGAACAUAUAAUUGCCGUUAAUGACAGUUUGGAUAAGGGAAGCGUCUUAAAUGCUGAGAAGAAUGGUAACUUGUUGUCAAAUGCUGAUGCUGCAGUUCUUGGGAAUUGUUUGUUACCUGAUAAUGGGGGCACAAUUUGCGGUGAUACUGUUACAAUGACCAACAGUUAUGGGGUAAAAAUACCAUCGCAGAACUCGUUCACAUUUCAGCAAAGUGCUACUUUGCAAGGAAAUGUCUUGAAUAUUAAUUUCAGUACAGUUAAUUGUGAUAACUGUGACUCUGAGAUGAAUUCAUUGGAAAAAGAAAUAUCAAAACUGCAGGAGUCAAUUGUUAGUAUGGAAUCGCAACUUAUGAUGGCAUCUUUGAGGAGGGAGUUCUUGGGGAGGGAUUCACUUGAGCAGUUGUAUUGGAUCAAUGGCAGGCCUGGCAAAAGGUCAUGGUUGGUGGUAGAUGGAAGUAUGCUGAUGGCACAAGAGAGGAAACAGGUCAAAGAGUUGGAUCCUGAGUCUAAGUUUUUGCAGGAUUUUGGUUCGAGUGAUCCAAGUUUGAGAAGAAAGGCAUCAGGCUUGAUUCAUUGUUACAACACAUCUGACUAUGAUAUGCAUGCAGGUACAAAUGGUUCAUCUCCAAUUGUUCUAUUUGAAUCGGAUUCAGAACUAGAAAAACUUGUUGGCUGGUUAAGAGAUAGUGAACCUAGAGAAAGAGAAUUAAAGGAAUGCAUCUUACUGUGGCAAAGGCUUAGAUUUUAUCCGGAAAAUUGUUGUGUUUCCCGUGGAUCUCAGCAGCCAUCUAAUAAAACUUCUGUUUGUGAGGAGUUUGUAGCCAUCUCAUUAAAUACAAAGGCUACAAACAUUCUAGAAAAGAAAUAUGGUCCAUUUUCUGAGGUUGAAGCCAAUGGAAAUCCUAAAAGACGGGGGAAGAAGGCUAAAGUUGGUCAUGAUGAUAGAAUGUACAGAUGUGAGUGCCUGGAGCCUGUAUGGCCUUCUCGCCACCACUGUAUCUAUUGCCAUCAAACUUUUUCCACGUUACAAGAACUUGAAGGACAUAAUGAUGGAAGGUGUACUUCAAGUAAUCCUGCAUCCGAUGAUGGCAAGGAAUAUGAAGAUUCAGUAAAAACUAAAGGAGUAAGAUGGGAAGCCACCAGGGAGAAGGAACAUUAUGAUGGUUUGGACAACACUGAGCUUAUGAAAAAUGGAAAAUUGGGCAUUAACUUGAGGUCACUUAAUUUUCAAAGGAAAAAAUGUCCAUAUGACCUUAAUGAGGUUAGUAAAAGGUUCAUCACAAAUGAUUCAAACAAAGAGUUGGUUAAAGAAAUAGGUCUUAUUGGUUCAAAAGGGGUCCCCUCCCUCAUUCCAGGUUGCUCCAUGCUGUUCCCUGAUUCAGCUCUUAUCUUAGAUAAUAAUAGUCGUGACAAUGAUUCUGUGAAAGAGGGAAUCUCAAAUCACACAGAAACUCUUAGCAAAGACAUAACCCGAAGUGAUGAAAAAGAGGCGAGAAACAUCCCUAGACUACCAUGUAAUGGUACUGCUGAUGAUCAGGGUGUGUGUCUUUUGAGGAAUGAGGUUCUUUUGUCUGGUUGUGCAGAGGUUCAAAGUACUUCAUGCCCUGCAUUUGGUAAACCAGAGCAUUCAAAAGGUUAUCGAAGUUGCACAAUUCCUGAGCCAUCUUUGAGACCACUGUUUGGAAAGAUAUCUCAAGUUGCAAAACGUCUGAAAAUGAAUCUACUUGAUAUGGAUGCAGCUUUGCCCGGAGAAGCAAUUAAAACUUCCAAAGCUUGCCUGUUUAGGAGAUGUGCAUGGCGGAUGUUUGUUAAGUCAGCAGAAUCAAUAUUCGAGUUGGUUCAAGCGACUAUCCUGUUUGAAGACAUGAUCAAGGCUGACUACUUAAAAAAUGGAUGGUGGUACUGGUCUUCCCUCACUGCAGCAGCAAGGACAGCCACAAUGUCAUCUCUUGCUUUUCGUUUAUAUGCUUUGGACGACUCUAUUAUCUAUAUCAAGGAUCUCACAGAAAGUUUGGAUUCAGAUGGCCAACGGCUAAUAAGCAGGAUUGGAAGGAAGAGGAAAGAUUUGGAAGUAGGAUCCUAGUCUUGCCAGUUAAUACACUGGGAACAGUUUGAAUUUUAUUGAGACUUGUGCGGUGGCAGCUUCUUAAAAUCUUGGAAGGGUUUCUACCCUGCUUCAGUAACAUCGGCAAACUUAUGAAUACAGAAGAGGACACUAGAACAAAUCGGCUGCUACAGCCUUCAUGUACAUAAUGUGACUGACCACUGACGAGACAGGGUGGCUGGCUCUGGGCCGGUAGACUUGUUGGGUUAUACUUGUAUUUUUGGCUAGAAUGAGUUACUGGAUUGGCUGUUUGGCAUUUUUCUUAGGGCAUUUGAAGAUUUCAUAUGACUGAAGGGAAAAAUUUUAAUUGGUGGAUGCGAGUCACCCUUGGUUCAAAAGAUUUAUACAACAUACAGAAUUAAAAUCCAUUUUAUUUUCUUUCAAUAUCCAUGGAGCUGUGGCAGCGAGUAUGGCGAGGACUUCUUAAAAGACUUGUUUCUGUUUUUUCCCAGGACAAAUGGUAAUGAAGCUUGUGUGCAGUUGGCAAACUUCUCUAAUUGAGGACUUCUUUCUGAAGAGCUGCUCGGUUAGAGCAGGGCUUAUCAGAUGGUUGGUCGGUCAAUGAAAAUAUAUCCUUGAUCUGUUAUUGGCCUGUUGCAGUCCCUGGGUUUCCUAAGAGUGUAGUUCUCAUUUUGAUUAUUGAAUAGCGUGAAGACAUUUGAUUGUAACUUUUUUGUGGACUGUCCAUAGAUUCAUUGCUUGUAUUUCCCACCUCUUUGCUGUCAU